AUUUUUUUUUCUGAGCUGGAGGGACCAGUGCAUGUCUGUGCCCCACCUACCAAAUACAGCCAAUCACCUCCGCUCAUUGGGCAAUCGACAGCCUAGUCUGGAAACUUGGAUGCUUCGAUUCCGUCGCCAUCUUUUGCCAGACAGCCAAGGCCUCUACUGGUUGUUUGACGAGCAUCAAACAAGGAACCAUGUCCAACUCAAACGCCCUCGCUGCCUACAGGCACCUUUUGCGCGCCGCCGGUGUCGCAUUCAAAGGAGACGCCCGUGUCUUGACUGCCGCAAGACAGCAAAUAGCCACCCAGUUCCGGCAAAACACCUCCCUCCCUCCCGCCAACCGCGAAUCCGCCGUCCAGAUGGCUGAAGAGGUGGCCCAGUUCCUGAGGGCCAAUGUCGUCCAGGGGCAACUCCAGAACGAUGGGCUGUACAAACUCAACAUCCACAACGGGACCGAGAGGGGAGAUAACGACACCAUCAAGAUAGGCAACAUGAAGAUCAAGAUAGACGGCAAGACCUGCAAGGACAUGUAGGCGCCGGUCUGGUUGGUCGCUGCAGCUGUAACAUUAUAACGCCGUGUAUGAUACUCCCGCUGUAAUCCUAUCAUAGUAAACACACAUGAUGCAUCAAAACCUUGGGAUGAAUGCCAUGUCACGCCAAG